UCGUCGUUGACUAGGUUCUUGCUCAUCCUCGUGUGCUCGCUCGGAGUGAUCUGUUCUUCCGCGAUCUUAUUAAUUCAAUUAGCGUGCAAGUGUGAAUUUGGAUUAUUUUUUGGACGUUUCUCUUCGUUGAGCGGAUGUGGAUUCUUGACGAAAUAGCACCCAAUGUGAAGUGAUUUUUUGUUUGCCUUACGCUGACGCUGAAUUAUCUUAGAAAUUGAAGCUGAACAUCGUGUGCGAUCCCGAUUCGCUGCCAGCAAGGGGAAAGAAUAACCAGUUCUAUACGAAAUAGCCGCUUUCUGCACUUGUUUGCUUGUAAAUACACCACUCCAUACCACACCAGCACCCAGCAUGUACUUUCCCAGGCCAUCAGAUGCACUGCACAAAAUGCUUCAUAUCGGCACGAUACUCUUGCUCCUAAUGCCGCACAGCUACGGGCAGGCACAAAUCACCUCACUGGACUCACCGAUUUUUGUGGAAAAGCUACGCAGUUUUCGCGGCUUUGCACUUAACUUUAUCGGUACCACCGGGGAUGACAGGAAUAAGUUCAAAGCAAACCAACGAAAGGGGAAAGUUCAAACGCAAUACGCUGAGGAUGUACCAUUUUUCUGUAACACGACUGGAAUGAGGAGUCCAACGGUUCCCACCUCUGUGGACAGGUUACGUCCCGGAGAUAUAGACAUUGUGGGAGCCAUUGGAGACUCACUAACAGCCGGCAACGGAGCUAUGGCUACCAAUAUGCUUGAGGUUUUAGUUGAGAACAAAGGUCUCUCUUGGAGCAUUGGAGGUCAAGGCAACUGGAGGCAGUUUCUCACAUUACCGAACAUACUGAAAGAAUUCAAUCCAAAUCUGUACGGGUAUCCAAUCAAGGAUAGUAUUUCAAUUAGAAAAGCAUCGCGUUUCAAUGCAGCCGAAGGAGGUGCUAUGAGUCAAGAUAUUCCGCACAUGGCGAGAAACCUAGUCAAACGAAUGCUCUCUGAUCCACGAGUCGAUAUUAAAAACCACUGGAAAUUAAUAACUAUACUCAUAGGAGGUAAUGACUUUUGCGCUAACAUAUGCUACACGAAUCCACCGGAGAAAACCUUGAUGUACCACGAGAAAAACAUCCUGUCUGCCUUAAGAACAUUCCGGGAUUAUCUACCACGUACCUUCGUGAACCUUGUAGCAAGUCCAAAUGUCGACGUCCUGACCCAGCUCAAGGGAAAACCGCAGGAAUGUGUCACGAUGCACGUGAUCGAAUGUCCCUGCUUUAUGGCAACGCGCUUUGCCCGAGAGAGGAAACGUUACAUCAAACUGAUCGAGAAAUGGAAUCUCCUACAGAUGGACAUCGCCAAUCGAAAGGAAUUCAAUAGCAAGCCCGACUUCGGGGUGGUUUUCCAGCCGUUCAUUAUGAAUAUCUCGUUUCCGGAGGGGCCGAACGGUGGCACCGACUUCAGCUACAUGUCCAUGGACUGCUUCCAUCUGAGCCAGAAGGGUUACGCGCGCGCUUCGAAUGCUCUGUGGAACAACAUGUUCGAACCGGUCGGUGGGAAGUCCGGCAGUUGGGAGCAAGAAUUUUCCUACUUUAAAUGCCCAACGCCGGAGAUGCCGUUCAUCCGAACGCUCGGGAAUAGCUAGGUUUCUAGUGCCCGGAAGGUUCAUAGAGGAUAAUCCGCAACUGUGAUAAGACUGUUCACUGGUACAACCAGUGGUUUUUCAUAAUGAAGCUUUCUUUUAAUUGCAAUAUGUAGAUGGAGAUGCGCAUCAGACUGAAGCACAAUUUGAAAUUUUCGUUCCACGGUCCUCGGGUCCUAAUAAGCUUCUCAAAAUUUGAAUCCGUUAGGUUAGAAACUGACUGUGCACAAACCAUUUGAAGUUUGUUUGAGAAUUACUAUGGGAAAUCCAAACUUCCCUUUUUAUAUAUUGCUCUAAAAAAGUUCGAGAGCUAUUCUUGUAGGAAAUCUUCUCAGCUUCAACUAUGCUGCAACUAUGCUUAUGUUUUUUAGUAAAGCGACAAAAGAAAUAGAUUGUUUUUUUUCAAUUCGUUUAUUUUAUAGUUUUAAAUGUCUUUUAAACAACUCAACGGAGUUUGAAAAUCAAAAGUGCAAAAUAUUUUCUAAUUCUUCCUACUCGGCGACUUAAUUGCAGUUUGCUUCCUUGUUGCAUCCUUUAUUCCUCUAUCUCUUUACAUUAUUGUCUCAUCCAUAAUUCUAGUGUCUUUUUAUAGAGCUUACCAUUCGCGUGAAAUGUAUUAAUUAUUAAUUAUUUAAGUAAAUGGUAAUCUUAUGACAUGAUCAAGCAACUGCUUUGUAGGCAACAUUGUAUUGGGCAGCGUGACAUAGUAGCCUUGACUUUUGGCCUCUUUUCACACGCCAAAAACACCAGUGUUGUCUGCUUAGCAGUUGACUGAGCAAGACCAUAAGACAUGAGCGAGUUGAACUAUUAAUAACGUUUGUGUCUUACAUUCAAUCGAAAAGUAGUUUUCAGUAAAGUUGCAGCUGAAAAAAAUUCAUACAAGCACAGCUAUCAAAUAUUUUUAGAGAUAAAUAUGGUGAAUUGUCAAAAAAAUAUGAUCAAAUAGAUCCCAUAGUAAGUCCCAUAUGCACUUCAAAUUUGCCGUGCACAGUCAGUUUUUAACUAAAUUUAAAUGAAUGAAAAUAUUGGUAGGAUGAUCAAGACUCAAAUUGGAACCAGUUGAGCACUGUGGAGAGAAAAUUAAAAAUUGUGCAUCGGUCUUAUGCGCAUGCACUGCCAGAUGAUAACAAAGCGAAAUUAUUUUCAUAAUAUGUCUGUAGCUCAAUUCACUCUCUAAGAUAAAUUAAUAAAGAAACAAUUAAAAACACAUAAUGAA